CAAAUCUCUGCGUACUAACAUAUGGUCUUCAAAUUGGUUGGGUAUCCCCCAUGAGCGUCAUAUUACAAUCGGACUUAUCCCCCACCGGGAACGUUAUGUCUACCACUGCAAUAUCUUGGAUAGGAAGUAUCACGUCACUCGCUGCAAGUUUUGGUGUACAAAUAUUUGGCUAUUUAGCUGAUUCUUAUGGAAGAAAAGUAGCAGUUUUGGCAUUAUCAGUGCCUCAGGCUUUAUGUUGGUUAUUAAAGCUCUCAUCAGCAAAUACGACAAUUAUAGUCAUAGCAAGAAUAUUCAGUGGCUUAUCUGCAGGAGGAUGUUAUGUAAUAGUACCAAUGUACGUCAAGGAAAUAAGUCAAGACAAUAUAAGAGGUAUCCUCGUAUCCCUGGUUACAAUGUCUCAGAAUAUGGGUGUACUGUUGAUGUAUAUCCUUGGAACAUAUUUGAGUUACUUUGCAGCAAUAUACAGUGUUAUUUGGCUUCCACUUUUAACAUUUCUGCUGUUGUUGAAAGCACCGGAAUCACCAGCGUAUCUCAUGAAGAUUGGCAAAGUUAAUGAAGCUACAGCAAUAACAGCAUCUAUUCGAGGACUUAAUAUGGAAGAUGAGCGUGUAAUAAAAGAAAUCGAAAGCCUGAAAAACCAGGAUCUUCAAUUCAAAUCACUGCCUAAUGUCAGCUUUAUUAGCAUAC